CCGUCCAGCGCGUGCCCGAGCGGUGGCGGCGGUGCGGCGCUAUGAGGCUGUGGGCGGUGGUGGUGGUGGCGGCGGCGGCUCUGGGCGCCGUGGCUGGGCAGAUCCGCGCCCUGCCGCCUAUCUCCGAUAAGGUCUUCAUCAGGGAUUGCGUGCGCUCCCACAACGCGUACCGCAGGAACGUCGAGCCCACCGCCAGCAACAUGCGGCACAUGACGUGGGAUGCAGCUUUGGCAAGGACUGCCAGGGCAUGGGCAAAUAAAUGCAUUUUUAAACAUAAUAUAUAUUUAAAUGUGAGAUAUCAUUGCCAUCCUCAUUUUACGAGUAUUGGAGAGAAUAUAUGGAUUGCAAGUCAUCAAAUAUUUGAUGUUAAAGCUGCCGUUAAAACGUGGUAUGAUGAAGUCAGAUUCUACAAUUACUCACUGCAGACAUGUAGUAAGACUUGCGGUCAUUACACUCAGGUUGUUUGGGAUAAUUCAUAUAAACUAGGCUGUGCUGUUGUUUUCUGUAAAGAAGUUGGAGGAAUAAGAAAUGCAGCAAAUUUUGUUUGCAACUAUGCACCAAGUGGUAAUUUUAAAAGAAGACCAUAUGAAGAGGGAGCACCAUGCAGUAAAUGUGCCAAGAGGGACUUCUGUGAUAGGAAACUGUGUAGAAAUGUAGGACGUGAUAAAAUUGUCUAUUACUCAAGAUGGAAUCCACCUUGGGAGUUCAGAAUUGUAUGUGAUGAGGCGUGUAUUGCUAUUAUAAUUUCAAGAGCAUCUUUGAUAUUUGUUGGUUUUCUAGCUAUUUAUUUGUUCAAAAAGCACUUUACAAGCAUGUUUAUGUCCACAUAAUUGGAUGUGAAAUACCUGCAGUAUUCUCAACAUAAUCUCUGAUGAAUUAAGCAAAAAAUCCAUAUUGAUAUGAUUUUAAAGUCGGCGUUCUUUUACAGUAGUUUUGUUGCUAUUUUAUGCUCCUUACAGAAAACUUCACAUGCUAUAAAAAUUAAAAAAAUUAUUUGUGGGUAAGACCCCUGUUGAGAAAAUAGUAAACUAAGGAAGGCAACUGAUAAGAUUAGAAGCAUUGUUUUUUAAUUGCCAAAUUUAUGGUUUUAACUGUUUAGUUACCAAAUUUACACACUGUAUUCUCGGAAUUCAAGGAGAAAAAUGCCUAGCAGUUUAAAAACCUGUUACAGUUCACACUAAGCCAAUAUUUGACGUGACAAAUGUUUAAUUUUAAUGCCAAGAGGAAGCUAGCAUCAUAUUACAUACAAAGUCCUUUCUGCUAGAGUCACACAAUGUUCUGAGUCAAAUCUCUGAAGUAAGACUUUUCUUUAGAAAGGCAGUCCUUCAGAAGUAUUGAUGUUUGUGAAGUAGUACUACUUGAUAUUUAUUCAGUUAUGCAUUUAUUGUUCCUCAUUCAAAAUGAGAUUGUUCAGAUUAUUACUUGGUUCCUAAAUUCCUCUAAACCUUGUGUUUCAUUUGUAAACGUCUGCUGUUGUAUUCUUUACAUUGUACUGUUACUGAUGCAUAGAAUAUUUACUGUCCUGUAAGUGUUCUGUAGUUUUAAUAAUAAAUUUGUCUUUUAAACCUACUGAAGCCUUUUUAUUCAACACAUUUCACUCUUCUAUUUGCAAGAGAUCAAAUCUUCAAUUAUUUCACUUUCUUUAAAAAAACAAAUGUUAUUUAUACAAUAAUCUGAAGCUUCUUUUGUUACCAGUAUAAUAAAAUUAGAUUUUCCUAA